UAUUUUCAUUCACGAACAAAAUCGAACUCAACAAACUUGCGCGCGUGUUGCCACGCUCCCUUGCCUUCACUUCGCGGCUUCUGAUCCCUCUUGCGGUUUCAUUCUCACUGCUCCUUGUUUCGGGAAUCAAGAACACGACAAUCACGCAGAGCAAAGACAGAUAGUUCAAGAUUGCAAGUUCUAGUGGCGUUCCUACCUCUAACUGGACCAAGAGCUUAUAUAUUGCAAGUCCUAGCGGCGUUCCUACCUCUGACUGGACCAAGAGCUUAUAUAUAGCUGGGAUUUGGGACCGUCCAAAGACCAAAUAUGAGCCUAGCAUGCCUUGUUUGCCAUGGUGUAGAAAGCCCUUCCCACUCUUUUAGGAGUUACUCUGUUUCAAGUUCAGAUAAUGAAGGAAGAUGUUCUACGAUUGCCAACUGUUUAACCAGAAAGUCACUUCCACUCCCAAGAGCUAAUUCUUCAAUCCCAUCGACAUCUAAAGUUACCCCUCAACCACCUUAUCCCAGCAAUGGCGGAAUGAUGGGUCCCCCACGAUUAGUCCGGAGCUGUGCGGUGACAAGGGACCUGGUGAGAGACUGGAACUUCGAUGAGGUUCUGACGGGGCGUUAGGUUUUUUUUUUUUUUUAAUUUCGAAAAGGGGAGUAGGGGGAUCUCUUAUGAUAAUGUUAAGAGUUUUGCCUCGUUUGUAUGCAAUAUUUUGCUGUGUAUGCAUUUAAAACUUCCUUUGCCACUUUAAGAGCUUCACUGUUUCUAGCCAACCAUGUCGGAGAAAGUGAAUGUCAAAUGCUGUUAAUAUUUCUUUCUUUU